CAGAGAGAGGACCCACUUGGCGUAAGAUCUCUGCCACUGACCUGUUGGGCGCGGAGUCGGUCGGAGGGACACGGCGUCAGGUGCGGAAGCGAGCUCGGUUUAGGCCACGACCAUCCAACCGGACAAGAUGCGUGUGGUAGCAGCGCUGAUGGUUUUGGCGUGGGCGGUGGCGGCAGGAGAGGACGAGGUAGGCGCCCCUGUGGUAGCGACUGGGAGCGGAGAAGUGUCUGGCCUCCUGGAGAAGUCGACGAAGGGAGAUACUUUCUACUCGUACUAUGGCAUUCCUUACGCCCAACCCCCCGUCGGUAGCCUCAGGUUCAAGGCCCCAGAGAAGGUCCAGCCGUGGACGGGCGUGCGCGACGGGACCGCCCAGCCGCCCUACUGCGCCCAGACUCUGUUCACCAGCUUCCUGAAGGGGCGGCUGGAGGUCGGGGGCGUGGAGGACUGUCUCUACCUGAAUGUCUUCACGCCCAAGCCGAAUACCCCCAAAGCACGAUUACCUGUGAUGGUAUUCCUCCAUGGCGGUGGGUAUUUCUCCGGAGGGGCGCAGGAAUACCCUCCCCACGUCCUGCUUAACCACGACGUCGUUUUGGUCGUCAUCCAAUAUCGUCUCGGGAUUUUAGGUUUCCUCUCCACCGAGGACGACGUGGCUCCCGGCAACCAGGGCCUCAAGGACCAGACGCUCGGCCUCCGCUGGGUGCAAGACAACAUCCACCACUUCGGCGGAGAUCCCUUGGAAGUGACCCUCUUCGGCGAAAGCGCUGGUGCAGCGUCCACUCACAUCCUCAUGCUGUCUCCUUACGUGCUGGGGUUGUUUAAACGCGUGAUUAUGCAGUCCGGAUCAGCACUCUGUCCAUGGUCGCUCGGCGGGGCUCACCUGGAAGUUGCUAAAUAUGCUGGCGAGUUCUUCAAUUGCACGGUUGACCAAGGAAACGAAGUGAUGCUAAGUUGUCUCCAAGAAGUCGACGUCACGAAGCUGGUCUCCAUUCACUCCCAUUUCUUUGUAAGUUCCCUAUCGGCCCCCCCCUGGGGCCCUUCCGGGGUGGACGGCUCCUUCUUGCCGCACGAGCCCGAGAAGCUGCUGAAGGAGUCGAGGCACAAGAAGAUCGACAUCAUCACCGGAAUCACAAGCAAACAAAGGGAGCAUAUUCCCCUUCCGACGUUCGGCAACGAGGCCCUCCGCUCCUCCCUGCGUUUCAAUUUCGAGGAGUCGGCGCCAGUGGCCCUCGAGUUCUGCGAGGGCGACAUAUCCCCCUUGAACCAGACACUACUCAUCUUCGAUCGCUACCUCGGGGGCAUUAACUUCAACGAAAAGGAUGCAGAUAACGUCAAAAAUAUGUUCAGCGACCGACAUUUCGCCGUCUGCCACGACCUGACUUCCCUCCUCCACGACCACAACAGCGCCUGGAAGAAAAAGAAGGUCUUCCGUUACGAGCUGAAGCACCGCGGAAAGAGAUCCCUGGGUGAUUUCUACCCCCUCGAUUUCGGCAAAGAAUGGGUGUCUCACGUGGACGACCUCUUCUACCUCUUCGAAGGAGGUCCAGUGUUUGCCCCGCUUGAGGACGAGGACGACCUUAAGGUCAGGGACAUCAUGACAACUCUUUGGACCAAUUUCGCCCUCACGGGGUAAGGGACUGGCAUUCUUAACGAUGGCUACA